AUGACGCAUUAUCGCCCGACCGCCGCUAUGGCCGAUGCCACUGACGAGCGCCAGAGAGCGUAUUCUGCCUACCUGAGCGCUCAGUUGGGCAAUGGUCCCCAGCCUGAUGCCUCUGCCAACCGUGGCCAUCAUGUUAAUCACCAGUCGGACGUCAUGGGCGCUGUUAUGAACCAGUUCAGCACUCUGGCUCUCCCUGCCGGUUCCAACAUACAGGGUGCCUCCGCUUUGACCCAGGUUCAGGCUCACCAUGCAUACUGUCCUGGUCAGGACCAGUCCGUUGCCUACCGGAGUUACUCUGUUCCCUUGCACGUUGGAGUAGUCCCAGAGGCGGCAUAUGCGUUUGGCGUGUCUGGCCAGUUCCCGGUUCAGGGUAACUUUGCAGCUCUGCCAAUCUCGUAUCAUGGCUUGCCAUAUACCCCGGGCCGAAUUACCUCCUAUGCCGACCGCAGCAGUGAGGCUGUUCCCGGUUUGGAGAACCGCCGCGGUUCGUACUCCACGACCGAGUCGGCGCCGGCCACGCCGUUUUUUGGGGGCGCUUCGGAGCGCGGCGGUGCCCCGAGAGUCGCUCUUUUCCCCUCCAGCUACACGACUCCAUCUCCAGAGCAGGUCGUCAUGCCCGCUGCAGUCCCCAAGGCCUCGCAGCCCAUUGAUGAGGAGAUUCUCGCCCUCCUGAAGCAGGACCCUCCAAUUCCCGACGCUGUUCCAGCUGUGUUCACCCCUCCGACCCACAUGAAGACCAUCGAGCAGUGCCUUGAGAACAGGAUCCAGGGAAAUCGCAAUGUCUACAUUCGGGGCCUUCACCCGACCACCGACGACGAGCUUCUGCUCAAGUAUGCUUCUCGUUUUGGUAAGGUUGAACAGAGCAAGGCCAUCAUUGACACCUCCACCGGUGCUUGCAAAGGAUUCGGAUUCGCCAAAUUUGCCGAUGUCCGUGACUCCGAGAAGUGCAUCCGGGGCUUUUACCACCUUGGCUAUGAGGUUGGCUUUGCUCGUGAGAGCUUCAAUGCUAGACUCAAGGCAGAGGGUGAUGAAACCUCGACGAACCUGUAUCUCUCGAACCUUCCGAAGCGCCUCAACGAGACAGAGCUCAACGCCAUCUUUGCCGGCUAUCAUAUCGUUUCCAGCAAGAUCCUCCGCGACAGCAUGGGCAACAGCCGUGGUGUUGGAUUUGCUCGGUUUGAGACUCGUGAAGAGUGUGAGGAGAUCAUCAAAAAGUACCACGGUGUCGCCAUCGGCGAUGAGGGCUUGUUGAUGCAGGUCCGCUACGCAGACACCCCGGCUCAAAAGGAGCUCAAGCGCAUCACUGCCGAGCGACGCCAGUUUCGCACCAACGAGUACAACAUUGGAGCAUACGGCACAGCUGAUGUUGGCAUUCAUCCCAGCAUCUACCAGACAGCCCCCUGGGGCCGCCGUGCCGGACCGGGAUCUAACACACCCUUUGCUCCCCGUUUGUCGAUUCGCACCAACCUCAGCAGUGGCAGCGGAGCGGCCAUGACCACGGCACAGGAUAUGGAUAACACCGUCAAGAAGAGCAUCUCUGUCUCCGGAACCCCGUCAUCCGAUGACGGAUCGGCUGUGGCCGGUGAUGCCAUCGACUCUCCUACCGCAAAGAAGGGCAGCACCCAAUCGUCCCCGACUUUCAAGAAGGAGAAGCGCUAG